CACACUCACUCUCUCUCUCUCUCUCUCUCUCUCUCUCUCUCUAUCUUCAUCUCGGUUUAUAGCAGGGGGCAGUCCGGCUCUCCUCUACAGAGCAGCGCGUGGAGCUGAGGGGAGAGCACGCACCAGCAGCACGAGCCUCUACAGGGAUCCUCCCAGGUUGCGCGCUCACUCAGGCUCCUUCUCCUGCUUGUGUUGGAGCUGUGGUGGUCCAGCCGGGUCUCUGAGGGUGUUCUGUGUUUGUUUCAGCAGUAUUUUCAUUAUUUUAUCAUCGCGAGAGUCCGCGCAGCCGCAUGGAGUCCCGCGCGCACUGAGGAGCACAGCUGAGCCAAAAACAACACCAAAACAGGAGAGAGAGAGAGACGUUCCUCCUGUUCCUGUCUCUGUUCUUCUUCUCCUCAGCCUCUCAGACAGGACUUUACACAAACCCAGCACAGCUGAAGAUGGAGUGUCUCCACUGGCUCUAUCAUCUCCUUGUCUUUGCUGUGAUACACUGUGGUCACCAAGCCUGGGGCUCCUAUGGUCAUCAGCAGCACAUUCCAGCAGAAAAGCUGCUGGUUCUCACUGUGGCCACACAAGAGACCGAUGGCUUCCUCCGCUUCAUGCAGUCAGCAAAGUACUUCAACUACACUAUGAAAGUGCUGGGGAUGAGUGAAGACUGGAAGGGAGGGGACGUGGGACGCACCAUUGGCGGAGGCCAAAAGGUCAGACUACUCAAGGAGGCCAUGGAGACUCUGGCUGAGCAGGAGGACUUGGUGGUCCUUUUUGUGGACAGCUAUGACCUUAUCUUCGCUGGAGGACCAGAUGAGAUUCUGAGGAAGUUCCAGCAAGCCAAUCAUAAGCUGAUGUUUGCUGCUGAGGGUGUGAUUUGGCCGGAUUCACGCUUGGCAGAGAAGUACCCCUACGUCCGCAGCGGGAAGCGCUUCCUCAACUCUGGAGGAUUCAUCGGCUACGCCCCGAACAUAAACAGGCUGGUGAAGCAGUGGAACCUGCACGACAACGACGACGACCAGCUCUUCUACACCAAGACCUACUUGGACCCCGUGCAGCGGGAGAGCCUCAACAUGACACUGGACCACAAAUGCCAGAUUUUCCAGAAUCUAAAUGGAGCAGUGGAUGAAGUCUUGCUCAAGUUCGCCACUGAUCGAGUUCGGGUCAGGAACACUGUGUACGACAGCCUUCCCGUGGUCAUCCAUGGCAACAUAAACACCAAAAUUUAUUUGAAUUACUUGGCCAACUACGUCCCCAAUGCCUGGACCUACGAGCGAGGCUGCGGCGUGUGUGACCAAGACAUGGUGGAUUUGUCUCAGCUCGCUGAAUUCCCGCGAGUGAGAAUCGGCGUGUUUAUCGAGCAGCCGACCCCGUUUCUGCCCGAGUUCCUCCAGCGGCUCCUGACCCUGGAUUAUCCCAAAGAUAAACUGGACCUGUUCAUCCAUAACAACGAGGUUUACCACGAGAAGCACUUACAGGCUUUCUGGGAGGAGAACAAGAACACGUUCCGCAGCUUUAAGGUCGUCGGGCCGGAGGAGAACAUGAGCCAAGGGGACGCAAGGAACCUGGGCAUGGACCUUUGUCGGAGGGAUUCGGAGUGCGACUACUACCUCAGCAUCGAUGCAGACGUCAUGCUCACCAACAGACAGACCCUGAAGCUCCUCAUGGAGCAGAACAGGAAAAUAAUCGGCCCCCUCGUCACUCGCCACAGCAAACUGUGGUCCAACUUCUGGGGAGCGCUAAGCUUGGACGGCUACUACGCUCGAUCUGAGGACUACAUCGAGAUCGUGCAGGGGAAGAGAGUUGGCGUGUGGAACAUUCCCUACAUGGCUCAUAUUUACCUGGUAAAGGGCGAGGCUUUGAGGAACGAGCUGAACGAGAGGAACAUGUUCGUUCUGGAGAAGCUGGAUCCUGAUAUGGCUCUGUGUAGGAAGACCAGGGAGCUGACGAUACAGAGAGAGAAAGACUCUCCUUCUCCGGAAUCAUUCCAUAUGCUCAGACCCCCAAAGGGCGUUUUCAUGUACAUUACAAACCGUCACGAGUUCGGAAGACUUAUUUCCACAGCCAACUACAACACCUCCCGCCUGAACAACGACUUAUGGCAGAUAUUCGAGAAUCCCGUGGAAUGGAGGGAGAAAUAUAUCCAUCCCAACUACACUCAGAUCUUCACACAUAACCAUCUGGAGCAGCCCUGUCCAGAUGUGUUCUGGUUCCCUGUGCUGUCUGAGCGGGCCUGUGAUGAGCUGGUGGAGGAGAUGGAGCACUUCGGGUCCUGGUCCGGUGGAAGACACGAGGAUAAACGGAUCACUGGAGGUUACGAGAGCGUCCCCACUGACGAUAUCCACAUGAGACAGAUCGAUUACGAUAAGGAGUGGCUGCACUUUCUCAGAGAGUUCAUCUCUCCCGUCACGCUGAAGGUUUUCUCUGGAUAUUACACCAAGGGCUAUGCUGUCAUGAACUUCGUGGUGAAGUACACGCCCGACAGACAGGCUUACCUGAGACCUCACCACGACUCUUCCACCUUCACCAUCAACAUAGCACUCAAUCAGAAAGGAGACGAUUUCCAGGGCGGCGGCUGUCGAUUCCACAGAUAUAACUGCUCUAUAGAGUCUCCAAGAAAAGGGUGGAGCUUCAUGCAUCCAGGAAGACUAACCCACCUUCACGAAGGACUGCCCACCACCGGCGGCACACGCUACAUCGCAGUGUCCUUCGUGGACCCCUAGCUUUCUUCUUUAGCUAAGUGUGUGUGUCAGAUUCUGUGUGUGUGUACACAUAUGUGUGUAUGUGUGAGUGUGUGUGUGGUGGGUGUCGUUUGUCUUGUUGGCUUUUUUUGUUGCUCUUGAGUAAAUGUUUUUGGUUUGUGUCUUUUGUGGCUUUUACUACUGUGCAAACGAGCGAAACCAGUUCAGAGGACGGUCACAGAAGGAUUGUGGGAGUUACAUUCCCCUCACACACACAGGUCAAUCACAUACACUCUUACACAAUCUCUCUCACACACACACUCGCACACAAACACACACAUACAGGACAUGAGAACGAACGGCUACAGUAAUUAGCAUUAUAUGCUUUGAAAAAUACAUAAAAAAAACACUUCAGGGACAUUGAUCAGAUUUUCUCCAUGUGAUUGUCAAUAUGACCAAGAAAAAAAAAAACUAAAAUCCUCAUUUUAAAGGAAAUUCUGUUGAUUAUCUUGGAGUAAAACUCCUCCUGAUUUUGUUUUCAGUGGUGCUGUUUAAAAUGUAAUGUUUUUUUUGUAUUGUUUUUAAAUCUAAAAAACAAAAAAAAGCUUUUUGGGCCAGAUUCAUAAAACCCAGAACUUGAAUUCAAACCUCUGCUAUGAAUAAAUCCUAUUCAAAAGUCCACCAUGGCAGUUCUUAGCAUCCUACUUUCAAUCAAUACAAGCUAAUUGAAGUUUAUAAAAUGCCAUAUAGAAAGGCCAUUUGGUAAAUUUUAGCUUCAAGAUAAAACAUUCAUUUAUUAGUAAAGACACAGCCUGAACUGCUGCUGAUGCAUCACUGUUGAGUAUCAUCACAGCGCUAACGCUCGGAGAAAAGCGCAGCAACUCGGUUCCGAUACAUCAGCUCACAGACGCCUUGUGCUGAUCCACAUCACCCUAGAAGUGAUGAGGAGAAAAGAGCACCAUCUACUGUACCCACCCAGAGAGAGCAACACCAACUGUGCUCUCUCAGGGCUCCGGCAGCUGAUGGCAAGUUGCAUGACCAGGAUUUGAACCAGAUCAUAGCCUGCUGCACCAUUUAGAGCCCCCGACAAUUUUUUUUUUAAAUGUACAUAGUUCUCAUGAAUUUUUACUUUUUCUUUUUCUCUUUUGACAAAAAAAAAAUAUUUUGAACAUGAAAAAUUGAUGAAUUGUCUCAAUUUUCAGUCUUAGACAGUUUUAGCCAUAAAGACGGCAGGAAAUUAUUAUUAUACAUGCAGUUAUUAGCCUUUUAUCUGGUGAUGUGUUUUAUGAAUCUGACCUACUGACCUUCACAACCCAAGAAACGAAAAAAAUAUAUAUAUUUUUGAUGUUUCUACAUCAAGAAAAUUAAAUAAGCACAAGCUUCGAUUUGAAUUCUGGUUGAAUGAAGUUUGAUAAAAAUAUUACUUGAAGGGCUAGUUUUUUGGACAUAGAAUACGCUUAAUUUUAGACCAAUCAACCGAUUGAUAUACAUUAUAGAUAGAAUAGAAUUUUUGAUCCUCUCUUUGGUCUAAGACUAGGCUUAACCGAUGCCCAGAAUCCGGUCUAAAGUGUUUUACUGUAAAACACAUGGCAGAGCGAUGCCAGACGUAGCUUCAGUUCCUGAAUCAAACAUGUUGGAGAUGUCGGACGUUUUACUUUCACUGAAAGUUGUUGCUUGUGAAUGAACUUUGAGCCUCAGCAAGGUCCAUCUGUUUUAACUUAUUUUUGAAACUUUAAAAAAAUUAAAAGAUAUUUUAAAAAGGAAA